CCCAACUCACCUCGCUUAAAGUCUCCAAAAAAAAAUAAAUAAAUAAAAAAAUAAAAAUAAAUAAAAGAGAGGGAAGGGAGAAAAGUUUCUCUGGAGUUAAAGGGAAUCGCUAAAAAGCCCUUGAAGUCAGUCAAGAGAUGAUCAGAGAGGCGCAGCGCAAGUCCUUCUGGAGGGCUCUGCUGGCCGAGUUCCUGGGGAUGACCAUCUUCGUCUUCCUGAGCAUCGGAUCGGCCACCAAGUGGACGCCGGGCGGCUUCCCCGCCGACGUGGUGCAGGUCGCGCUGACCUUCGGCCUGGCCAUCGCCACCUUAGCCCAGAGCAUCGGCCACGUCAGUGGGGCCCACCUGAACCCGGCCGUCACCCUGGGGCUGCUGGUGGGCUGUCAGGUCAGCAUCCUCCGGGCCCUGGGCUACAUCAUCUCCCAGCUGCUGGGCGCCGUGGCGGCCAGUGCCAUCCUCCUGGGUCUGACCCCCAAAUCCAGGAACGGGACCCUCGGAGUCAACGCUCUAGGCGAUGGUGUUACUCCAGUGCAGGGUCUGGGCGUUGAAAUUAUCAUCACUUUCCAGCUCGUUCUCUGCGUCUUUGCGACCACCGAUAAACGAAGGACUGAUCUCUCAGGCUCUGGACCUCUUGCCAUUGGACUGUCGGUUGCUAUUGGUCACCUAAUGGCGAUUGGCUUCACCGGAUGUGGGAUGAAUCCUGCCCGGUCCUUCGGGCCAGCUGUCGUUACUGGCGACUUCAAGGAUCACUGGUUGUACUGGGUGGGCCCCAUGAUCGGAGGUGUGGCCGCCGCCCUCGUCUACGACUACUUGCUCACCACCCACUGUGGCGACCUGUCCGAGCGGCUCAAGGUGCUGACCAGUGGCCAGGUGGAGGAGUAUGACGUGGAGGGAGAAGAAGACCACGCUAGGAUGGAGAUGAAGCCAAAAUAAAGCUAAGAAAGGAAGAUAAAGGAGCUGGGAGACACCCGUCGGCGGAGAGAGAAACCAAAAAAAAACACAACACCAAUGGGCCCUGGGAUCAGGGU